AUGGAAAAAUUGAGUUAUAUUCCCGACAUUGAGGAUCAGAUAGAACAAGUGGUUAAAACUAUAUCUCCUGAUGAGCAAUCUAUGCAAACGAUUUACAACUUGAUUGAGAAAGAUUUGGCCAGUGUUUUGUCAGAAGUAUUCGUCGAUAGUUUUACCAUUCGCCCUACGGGAUCACGAGUUUCUGGUUUACAGUUACACUCUAGCGAUUUGGACAUGAAUAACUAUUUCGAAAAAAGACCAUGUAAGGCAAGAAAAUGUACGUAUAGGGUUGCUGCAGCUUUGUCGGAGAGUGUAUUAUUCGAUAAUGUGGUGAACUUGAGCCAACCCAGAAUACCCAUUGUCAAGUGUCUACAUAAAGAAACAGGGUUGAAGUGUGAUAUGAAUUUCAGCUUUUUGAGUGGAGUUGAAAAUGACCAGUUGAUAAAAAAUUAUUUAUCAGUAGACAACAAGUUGAGAUCCGUGGUGCUAGUGAUAAAAUACUGGGCUCAACUACACGAAUUGACUUGUAAAGAGCGAGGUUUUUCCAAGUAUUCUUUGACGAUGAUGUUCAUUUUCUACCUUCAGCACGAACAUUCCUUCCCCAGUGUUUAUGAAUUACAAGAAAAUACAGUUCCCACAAACCCUACUAUUAUAUGGAACAUGAACUUUGCACACAUAGAGGAAACAUCUGAUAAAAUAAAAGAAAUACACUCAAAAUCAAUGUUCAGCCUUCUUUUCGGUUUCUUUAGUUAUUAUGAGGACUUCCUGUACGAUUGGUCGUUGGUAUCAAGAUAA